GCUGAUCUGUGACACGUGACCUUGCCCCGCCAUGAAGGUUCCCGCGCCCCGGGAGGAGAGCGCUCGCUUCGCCUGUUCCGCUAUGCACGUUGUGCGGUGAUUUCGUUCUGGAAGGUCCGAUAUGCCUUGUUGCUGCGCGUUUGGGUGCCGAAACCGGACGGAAGACGGCAAGAAGUUAUUUUGCAUCCCGCGGGGCAAACAGAACCUAACCAGAAGAAAAGUGUGGUUGCACAGAAUUGGACGGAAAGACUUCGAACCGUCGGCCACUGCACGACUAUGCGAGGACCAUUUCACCGAAGACCAGUUUGAACCGAUUAUUCUCAAGAAUACCGGUGAAAAGAAGCUAAGGCCAUUUGCGACGCCAAGCAUCUUUUUGCAUCGACCAGUAGCAAAGCCAUGCACGCCACCCCCUAAAAGAACAAGAGUGGACAGUACUGAUGACCCCAAAGUCAAGCAAAACACACAGGUCGAUGUCGAACCCCAGCCAGUGGACACCGAGAAUGAUGUUCCUGAUAUGCAACCAGACCCACAGAUUCCUGCCCCAUUCCAGCCAGAAAGUACACAGGCUGGCCUGUUGAUACAAGCAGCUCUGCAGAGGAGGGUGGCACAGCUUGAAACUGAACUUCAGGCGGCGCGACGGAAGCUUCAACUUGCUCAGAGGCAGCGUUUGCAGGCACUAACUGCAAAUAAGCGCCUUGUCGCAGGACUAAACAAAUACUUGAAUGAAGACGAAGUUAAAUGUCUCAAGAUGGCAACAAUGCAGGGGACUCGAUGGACUAAGAAGACUGUUAUAAAAGCUUUGAAAAUGAGACUUUCCUGUGGAGCACGUGGCUAUGACUCAGUCAGAGAGCUUGGACAACCUCUGCCAACAGAACGCACCCUACAUCGUCACUUGGAAGGGUACAACUUCACACCAGGUUUGCUGGAGGACAUCAUGGAGUCUCUCGCACUGAAGGUAAGUGCACAGACAGGUGCCCAUGACCCUUGACCUAUCUUGUUACCAUAGCACCGCUGUUUGCAUCUCCUAACUAAACCUUUCCACUCCAUAGGUUAGCCUCAUGUCACCAGAGAAGCGGCACGUCACUUUAUUGCUCGAUGAGAUGCAGCUUGCUCCAGGCUUAGUGUACAACCCAUCCUCGGGAACAGUUCUUGGAGCCCCAACUAUACCUCUUGCAGACGCAACACUGCCACCCGACUGUUUGGCCACUCAUGGGCUGAUAUUUAUGCUCGGUGGGAUAACAACCCGCUGGAAGCAAACAGCUGCUUACCA